GAAUGUGGCGUCGCCGCAGUGCUCGUCUCCUAUUGGCCAGCUGAACUGUCAGUCAAGGAGCGUCGGCUGGCGAGCUGAGGUGAAUGACAGCGCCGUGCCUCAGCAGUGUACAUACAAGACAAAAUGGGAAAUAAUAUAUCCAGUUGACGCACUGUAGCUACAGCAUUUAGUGAAACGUGGCGGCAGACCAUUAGAGACCGGUUUAGAGAAGACCUCUUCCAUUCUAAACCAAGCUGUGACUGACGGAAGUGAACUUAGGACGGAAGGAGUUAGUGGUUUAGUCACGAAUGGCUUUCGACUCGGUUGGCGGCGACCGCGGCGGCGGUGAGGCUGCGUGGAUCAUGCAUCAGCAGAUGCAGUCUGAUCCCAAGUCUUCCUGGCCUUCCAGCUACAACUCGGACAACAGUCACUGGAACAACGGCAUGGAUUCUCAGUAUCCCGGCUACUCUAAUUAUUGGUAUCCCCAAUCGCACACGGCGGGACCUUAUGGAAGCACAUACCCCCCUGGAACAGAGGUCAACGGACAGGCCUCAUACAAUCCCCAGGCAAUGUCAGGCUAUUCCAAUGGGGUGUACAAUCCAGGACAGUACUCCUCGAGUAUGCUACAUCCCUCCAACCCCUUCUACUGCAGUAACCAGGUUCCUUCAAGACAGCCUCAGUAUCACAGCCAGCCCUGCCCUGAACAAAAUGCGGGGGGUUCAGCUCCUCCCCCCUACCCCGUUCCUCACUGCCAAGGGGCCCCUGGCUACCCAGCAGGACGCGCUGUCUUCACUGAUCUACCAUAUCACAGUCAGCCUCAUAUCCACCCUCGAAACCAGCAUCCAGGCUCCAAACCACGAGCCAGCACUCCAAGCCCAAUUCCACCUCCGCCCAAUGCCGCCCAGUUCAGCGCUCCGCCUCAAAUCUACAACAAGGCUCCCUCCGGAGGUGCAGGACCUGAGCCCAAACCAGCCCAGAAUGAACAACCUCCAACGUCUUCCCACCAAGGAUCGUCCACUCCAGCCCCAUUAAGCGAUAAUCCCAGCCUGGCUCGAGUUCAGCAGGUUCUGGCCAGAGUUCAGCUCUUCCAAGAGGACGUGGAUGAGUUUGUGGGGAAAAAGACAGACAAGAGCUACCGGUGCCUGGAGGAACAUUUAACAAAAGAGCUGCUGGAAUUGGACUCGGUGGAGACCAACGGACAGGACAACGUUCGACAGGCUCGCAAAGAAGCCGUUCAGAGGAUCCAGGCCAUCUUGGACCGCCUUGAGAAAAAGGCUUUCUAAUAACAGAGUGGUUGUUCUUUUUUUUCUUCUUCUUUUUAAUGAUAUCUCCUCAUGAUAACAGAUUAGGAUUUUCACAGUUUGUCAGUUAGUUUGCCAGCAUUAACUUUGUGGUAUUUUUGGGUUGUGUACCUUAUUGAUGGUAAUGUAUUAGUAGAAAUACAGGUGCAAAAUGUCCUAAUCAUUGCAGUGCCAUACUCAAACCAGCCUUCUGCCAUCCAGCAAAGAGCAGCGGCAGUCUGACAUCUGCACAGAAUUAAACAUAAGUCUCAUUGCAUAACACCAUCUUAAGACCUUCGUUGUUGUUUUUUUGUUGUUUUUUCUUGAGUCUAGGCAGACUGAAAGGAUAAAACGGAGCUAAUUCAACCACAUUUUAAUACUUCCAGGGGUUUUUGGUAGCACAACUUUCAAGACCAGUGCUUUUUGCACUGGGAAUGUUGUUUAGCACUGCUGUUAUUCCAAUACUUUCUUGAUUAUUUUGUAAAAUAUCUUGAUCUAUAAAUAAAAGAAGGUCAGUUUUUUGUAACUCCAUUUAAUUUCACCCAUUUUCUAUUGGAUUUUGUAUUAGUUUCAUCACUGGUUUCAUUCAGUCACCUUCUUCAUGGAAAUGUAUGAAUAAAGGUGCAAUCACAUUUGCCACGUUUCGCCAUCAAAAAGGUUUUCCGCUGUUAAUAGUGAAGCAAUUCAUGAAACACCUCUCACACAAAAGUCACUUUCAAACCAAACAGCUUUCUGUUGAUUAAUGCGAUGUUGAUUAAUCUUGGAGAUUCCUAUUAAAAUUAUUGGAUUUCAUUUGCAAAAUUUUGCAGUGUUAAAUGUACCUGCGCCUUAACUGAUUACACAGUUUUCGAUUUAGAGCAUGGUUCGGUCUUGUCCAAACUGAAUGUUACAAACCCACAGCUUGGACGGAUCUCGGACCAGCUGCUAUUGGAUCCAUAGUUCCUGUCCCGCUACUCCUUUUCCAGGCCGCAUCUGGAUUUUAAAGACCCCUUGAAAUUCUUAAAAUCAAAAAUGGUGUUUUGUGGGUUUUAGACCUUAUCGGUUAGCUUUGAGACCAUCUACAUGCUAGUAUGCUAUUAAAAGUUGACAAACCUUCAGUACCGCCUGCCUCCAACAAGCAAUAGCUAGUAGCAAAUCAUGGUUUUCCUAGGCUGCGAUGUAAACGGUUUAUAAAGACAAGCCCUUUGAUAUUUUAUGUUUUGCCCCAACUUCUUGUUU